UAUGUUUCUAACCGUGAAAUGAGCAGAGUGACAAAGCACGUAAAUCGUUAUUUCUCUUCCAUCCUCCGUCACAUGCAUCCCUCGUAAAGAAAUUAGCAGCCACCACCACCGCCGGAGUUUCGCCGUGAAUGGCGACGUCGAGUGCACGAAGGAUUUCUCUCGGUCAAGCGGAAAGUGGACUCAUUGAAUCUGAAACGAUUGAAGGCCUGGGACCCGUUGAGUGGACCAAGAUCGACGAGCCUGUUUCUCAUGGAUUAUCCGAGUUUUUGCUCAAAGCUGAGAGUGUUAUGGCUGAGGGGCAUGGUGUUCUUGUUAACACGGAUGAAGCAGGUACCAUUUUUGUGACCAAUUUCCGUCUUGUUUUUCUGAGUGAAGAGUCCAGGGAAGUUACUGCACUUGGAACAAUACCAUUGGCCACCAUUGAAAAGUUCAACAAGAUUGUUGUAAAGCAACAAUCAGGUAUUCGGCAGACAGAGAAGACUCCUACACGUAGGCUUCUUCAGGUCACUGGCAAGGAUAUGAGAAUCAUCUUAUUCUCUUUUCGUCCUCGCACUAAGCAGAGACGUGCUGUUUUUAAUGCAUUGCUGAGGUGGACAAGGCCUGCAAGUAUCUGGGAUCUGUAUGCAUUUUCUUGUGGUCCUUGUAGAUACAGUGAUACCAAUCCUAAAGUGCGAUUAGUGAAUGAGUAUUAUCGCCUUCUUGGCAUGGGGUCACUUGGUUCAUCAAUUGGACACAUUGAAGAUGGUUUGUUUAAAUUAUCUAAUGAUUGGUGGAGGAUUAGUGAUGUGAAUGCAAGUUAUAACAUGUGUCCGACAUACCCUUUUGCUUUGUUAGUUCCAAAAGCCAUCAGAGAUAAAGAUUUGUUGAAAGCUUGUACAUUUCGUGCACGGUGUAGACUACCUGUGAUAUCAUGGUGUGAUAUACGCACUGGAGCUGUUCUUGCUCGAUCAUCACAACCAUUAGUUGGUCUUAUGAUGAAUAUGAGGAGCAAUGCUGAUGAGAAUCUAGUAGGUGCUCUUUGUACUCGGUUUUCAAAUGGAAAAGAAGGAAGGAGGAAGUUAUACAUAGCGGAUGCAAGACCCCGGAAAAAUGCUCUCGCAAAUGGGGCUAUGGGUGGGGGUUCAGAGUCGUCUUCAAAUUAUUUCCAAUCUGAGAUUGUAUUCUUUGGUAUAGACAACAUCCAUGCUAUGAGAGAGAGUCUGGUUCGACUAAGAGACUACUUGGAUACACAUGGAACCACAUCAUCAGAUGGAAUGUCAUCAUUCUUGAGAAAUGGUGGAUGGACAUGGGGUGUGGGGAAUCUGAGUAGUAUGUCUGCUUCAGUGUCGACACUUGGUGAUAGUGGUUGGUUACAACAUAUCCAAAAUGUAUUAGCGGGUUCUGCUUGGAUUGCUGCUCGUGUUGCAUUAGAGUCUGCAUCAAUGCUUGUUCAUUGCAGCGAUGGAUGGGACAGAACAACCCAGCUAGUAGCACUUGCAAGUUUAUUACUUGAUCCGUAUUACCGCACCAUAAAUGGAUUUCAGGCUCUUGUUGAAAAAGAUUGGCUUGCAUUUGGGCAUCCAUUUUCAGAUCGAGCUGGAAUGCCUCCUAGUUUAUCUGGGACUGGAACCAUGCCUUUAGAAUUAUCCAGGCAUUCUUCAACUCCAAACAUUUCAUCAUCAUCAUCAUCCCUUCGCCAGCUGUCUGUAUCCUUAUCAACCACAUCUCAACCUCCAGUCGCCUCCUCCAACACACAGCAUUCAAACAAUUAUUCUCCAAUAUUUCUUCAAUGGAUUGAUUGUGUCUCUCAGUUAUUACGGAUGUACCCUUUUGCAUUUGAGUUUUCAUCUGCUUUUUUGGUCGAUUUACUGGACUGUGUGCUCUCAUGUCGAUUUGGGAACUUUUUGUGCAAUAACGAGAAUGAAAGAGAAAGGGCAGGUGUUUUUGAGGCAUCUGCGUGCUUGUGGAUGCAUUUGGCUGAUAUGCGAGGAGCUUCAGAGGGGACUUCUCACGUACAUUACAACCUCUUCUACAAUCCAUCUAAACAUGAUGGUCCAUUAUUACCACCGGCCGCAGCCUUGGCUCCGACUUUAUGGCCUCAAUUUCAUCUCCGGUGGUCAUGUCCUGCAGAAGCUCAAUCCGGCGAGAUUGAAGCCAAAUGCAGAAGCAUGAUGGACAAGUACUCUGAACUGCAAAAGGCCAAGGAUUUAGCGGAGAGGAACGCCAGAGAAAUAACGACGACGGUGGAGUCUUUGACUGCUGAUCUAAUUAACGAGAGCCAGGUCAGCAACUCCACCUUGGCCUUGGCGAGAAAAGCGAGCAUGGAAAAUUCAAGCAUAAAGCGAGCAAUCGAAUCACUCGGAUGUAGAGUUCAUGUUUCAGCUGCCGACGACAUUGAAGACUAUCCUGCAUCUUCUCCGACUGAAACUGUGUCUGUAGGUAGUGGAGACGAUGGAAAGACGGAUAUGUCUGUCUCCAUUGCCGUAGCGGAAGAUAACGACCAUCUUCCAGGGAACCCUAGCAAUCGGAUUUGUGAACUGUGCCCGCUAUGGACACCAGACGGAGGUUGUCGGUGGCCGGACGCCGGUUGUGCUCGAGUUAGGAGCCAGUUUGUGGGUUUGAAAGCUAAUUAUGAUGCUUUUGAUCGGCUAUCGAUCAAUGAUGGCUACUUUCAACCCGAAUCAUAAAAAUUGUUUGCACUUGUCACAGCAAAAGAAUGCAACAAAGGUGAUUGAUUUUGUAGCUAUAUUUUAGUCGGAAUACCUGACAUAGAUGUAUAUCCUUCCAUUUUUUGAAUCAACACUGUUCUCUUCACAUAUCACAAUGUAUAAAAAAAACUAAUCAAAUGUCAGCUCUGAUAUGUAUAUCGUCUAAAACAGAGUUUGUUUAUUCUUUAUAAUGAAUUUGAUUCGUUUGUUAAAUACACGGUAAAAGGCUG